AUGAAGCACCUCGAAAUGCAACGUGAACGAACAUUUAUGAAAGAACAACGCAGCCUACAUAUAACUGAAUUUGGCUUCAAUACUGGUCGUUCGGAAGGAAUCACUCAUAUUCCAUGGAAAUUGAUACCGCUUACGGAUGCUAUAUUUUUUGAACGUCGAAGUUCGCAGAGUGAAGCGAAAAAAAAUGAGGAAAAGAGGCAAAAGACUAUUAUGAUGCCAUUUUAUGAUCCCUCGUUGAUGCUGCUACCACUGCUAGAGAAAUUAAUGACUGAACUAAAAAAGAAGGGCCUUGUUGGUUCAAGUUCAGAUUUAGUAAGCAUACUCAAUAAAGUAUCUUCAACUACUUCUGCUGUUACUGGUACAAUAGGAACAUCAGUUCCUUCCGCAUCACAACUCUCUGUGACCACAACUCCAACGUAUGCUCAGUUAACAACACAUUCCGCCGUUCCAAAUAUUCUGAAUAUGUCUUUACCGCCACCUCGUUUUGCUCAUGGUAUUAAAUAUUUUUUUUUUCAGCCGUUUAGGGGUGGUUCACGUCGAGUUGGAGCAGAUUGUGGAUAUAGACGUGGACGUGGUGGACCUUCAUUGGGUCGUAGGGGAUUUUAUGAUCGCGACAGAGAAAGAGAUCGUGACAGGGAACGGGAAUAUGACUAUGAUCGUCGUGUACAUGAUCGCUAUGGAAGGAGACGGAGGAGAAGUUCGUCGAGAUCAAGAAGCAGAAGUCGAUCAAGGUCAAGGUCAGCGAGUCCGUUCGAAAGACGACCAUAUUCACCUGAUCGUCGUAGGCGUGGUAGUCCACGUGUAAUGCAUGAAUGCGAGCAAGAGGAACAUUUCGAAAGACGGUUGAGAGGAGAUGAUCGAGAACGAAAUGACCAGCAUGUUAUCUGUGUUGAUACCAAACCACAGUUGCAGGAACAUCAUCUUACAACAGAACGAUAA